CAUUGUAAUACACACACACAUGCACACUCACUCACAUUCGCUCUGCCUGUCUGACACAGACUCUCUACUUAGAGCGCUGGAGAGAGAGGACUGAAGCUCACACUAUCAGCACUGCUUCUCAAUGGGGGGAUGCAGCCAAGAGCAGACAGAGCAGUCAUUCCACUGGAGCCUUCCGCUGCACGCGUGAGAAGGAGACGACAAGUGAGGAGGGUAAAUUAGCUCCCUGUCAACAGAACAUAGGAGUUUUACUGACGGAGAAGAGACACUGAAGGAAGGAGAGCACAUCUUCACGAAUGUGGCUGAGACAGCAGUGACAUGAUCAGCCUUCCAUCCCUCAAAUCCUGGCCAGUUUGUAACAAAGACCCCUGGGUGUUUUGCUUUUGGUGACUGUUUGUGUUGCCAAAGGAUUUCAAAAAGAACCUGAGCAGCAGGGGUCCAAACGGAUAUAUAGAAAGGAAAGAACAGCCUUUUUAGCUCCCUUUUGUGCAGUGUUUGGCUUAUCUGUUAGUGGAAUUUCAGGCUGAAAACCCUGGCUCCCAAGUAUGGAUGGAUUUAAGACUGAGGAGUGAGUCUGCUGGGCAGGCAGUGAUUCUGACUGAACUCCUUUGCUUCUGAACGCAGCGCUCAGACUCGGCCUUACCAUGUCCUGGUUGUUGGCCAUGUGGAUUAGCCUCGGCUUCCUGCUGCUGUGCCAGGCAACUCUCUACCAGACCAUCCAACAGCACCAUGUGGCCCGGCCUGGUCGCACUGACAUUCUCACCCUGGAGGGUGGUACGUGCGAGGUGAUUGCUGCCCACCGAUGCUGUAACAAGAAUCGUAUCGAGGAGCGCUCUCAGACAGUCAAGUGCUCCUGUUUACCGGGGAAAGUGGCCGGAACGACACGCAACAAACCCUCCUGUGUGGAUGCGUCCAUUGUAAUUGGGAAAUGGUGGUGUGAGAUGGAACCGUGUCUGGAGGGAGAAGAGUGUAAGACUCUGCCUGACAACUCUGGAUGGAUGUGCUCCUCUGGGAACAAAAUCAAGACCACAAGGAACACCCAGCCAUACUCCCCUUUUUAGCUUCCGGAAGCAAAAUGCAGAGGAUGCGUCAACAGAAAUUGAGCUGCAUUCUUGCUUCUGUAAAGAUUCAUCCCAGGACCUAACAGAGAGCUCCCAUUGCAGGGCUCAGCGCCAGGCUCCUUCCCCUCAUGUACCCUUUCUCUUCUCAUCGAAUGGACUAAAACUAUUACAUCCACGGCUACUGACUGGAUUACCUGGGACCAUAGAAAGGAUAUCCACCCAGAUAAAACAGCUUUGCUCGCGUGGUGCCAAGGAUUUGAAACCAGACUAAUCCCGUGUUUGAUCAAUGAGCUCCAUGUUGGUGACUCUCCUCUUCCACACAGCUGUGGCCAGUUUCUGACCUACUCUUCCCUCACUCUGUUUCCCUAUUCAGAACUGAAGCAGCUUAGCAGGGGCUAUUUAGAGGUUGUUAAAACAUAAUUUGAAGACGUUCUCCCCGCCCAUCUGAGGGUGAACUUGUUGGCAAACUUUCAUAGACCUGAACCUGAAUCUGUGGAACUGAGGGCACAUUGGGGGAAAUUACGUCGGUUUAUUUUUAUUUCUGUGUGGAAAGCAUUUGUAUUUGACUCACUACCUGAGGCUGAUCGCUUUGUUGUGGCUGCACCGAGGAAACUGUCAGCUGUUACCGCUAGAAAGGUCGAUUAAUGAAGACUCUCAGAGAGGCUUUAGGGUCAACCCCAUGGCCUCACGCUCAUCCUCCACGACGAACAUUCUGACUUUUAUUGGUGGGCAUGCCCAGUGUAAAUUCAUGAGCACUUCUUUUCUUUGUAUGUAAGAUAAUUUGUGUAUAUAUACACAUAUAUAAAUACAUUACAUGUUAAGCUGACAGAUCCAAGAAGCUGAAAAAUAUAUUUACAGAUUUCAAGCCCGUGUUGGAAUCCUGAAUAACCCUUGAACGUGAGCCAGAGGCUGUCGUCACGGUGCGGUGUGUCUAGGACUGCUUCGCAUUGGGGGAAAAAGCCACAACGGAAUCAUAAAAAUAAGUUCUGCUCACUUUUGUCAUUCAGCAAUGUUGUUUGGUUACUCCAGAAAGCGCUUGUUGUUUCAGUAAAGCUGAGGAAAACACUGUAUAGAACUGCCUCACUAAAGAAAGCAGCAACACCCACCCGUGACCUUUCCCCUCAGACACAUCAGAGAAACUCUGACCAUAAUAGGACAAUUACGUUUCUGCAGCGGAGAGUGGUCACGGGUGAGAGUGUCUGUAAUGUAGAUGUUCCUCUUACACACACCAGAGAGAUGAUUUAUUCAAAGUGACAGUGAGAAAGUAUUAGUCACAAAGGAGAAACAUAGUUAUCCCCCAGUAGCUAUAAGUACAUUACAGGACAGCCUUAUGAGAAAUAAAAAUGGUUUUCUAUA